GAAAAAAGGGUAAUAAUAGUUUCGAAAUAUAUCGUUCAGCCAUUGUGAAUUCGAUUAAAAUUAUCAAUUGUCAUAAAUCAUGCCAUACGCCAAUCAAUCAUCAGUUUAUAUUCCUGAGAAUGGAAUUCUUGAAGAUAGUUUCAAGUUUCAAAUUUAUGAAACCGAUCUAUCUGUUGCCAAUGCUUUGCGUCGAAUUUUCAUUUCAGAAGUUCCAACAUUAGCCAUCGAUUGGGUUCAAUUGGAAUCAAAUUCAAGCGUUUUGAAUGAUGAAUUUAUAGCUCAUCGUUUGGGUUUGAUACCACUCACAUGUGAGGAUGUAGUCGAUAAAAUUCAAUAUUCAAGAGAAUGUACAUGUACUGAUUUUUGUAGCAAUUGUUCGGUUGAAUUUGUAUUGCAUGUUCGUUGUGAUACCGAAGAAACUCGAGCAGUAACAACAGCCGAUUUAAAAUCAAACGAUCCGCGUGUUGUUCCCGUCUCGUCUAGAAGUCAGACAAGUGAAGAAUAUGGUGAGCCGGAAGGUGAUGAAAUAUUGAUUGUUAAAUUACGUCGUGGUCAAGAGCUUAAAAUUCGAGCCUAUGCACGUAAAGGUUUUGGUAAAGAACAUGCAAAAUGGAAUCCAACUUGUGGCGUUGCAUUUGAAUAUGAUCCGGAUAAUGCUUUUCGGCAUACCACAUUUCCUAAACCAGAUGAAUGGCCACGUAGCGAAUUCAGUGAAUUUCCGGAUGAUGAUCCUCGAACUGAAGCGGAUUAUAUUCGCGACGGAAAACCAACAAGAUUUUAUUUUAAUGUCGAAUCAACUGGAGCGUUGAAACCUACCACACUGGUUAAAUCCGGUUUGAAAGUAUUAAAAAAUAAAUUAUCCGACCUAUUGACACAUCUUUCACACGAAGUAAACAGUGAUGGUCUUACUAUCGCACAAGAUUAAAAAUUUAUUAAUAACAAAAAUUUUCUAUUUCUGAUAUUCCAUUAAAGAUUGAUUAAUUUUUUGUAACAAA